AUGUCUUACCUCAACGGAAAUAAAUUCUCUCUGUCUGAAGAUUCCGAGUUCUCGUCGCUGAGCACCUUUGAUGUGAAGCCCAGUAUCAAUGACUCGAACUACAUUCUGAUCAAGUUGACCGGUGCCCUGGACCGGGAGAAGAAACGACGUCUCUCUGAAUUGCACAUCCAAGUGCAGCAGUUCCUUGGCGACAACACUUUCAAGUGCCGUUACGAACCUACCGAUAUCGAUCGCAUCAGGGAACAAACAUUCAUUGAGAAUGUUGAGGUUCUCUCCCCUCUCCUGAAGCUGCCUCCGAGUCUGAAGACUCAAAGCCACUUUGAGCACCACGACGAGCCAAAGUCAGUGGACCUCGUUUUGCAUCAAGCUGCCGAUCAAUCCGCCGAGGACUUGAUGCAAGAAAUUAGUCAUAUCACCGGCAUCGCUCCGGAGAAUAUGUCCGUCCGAGCAGACAACUCUGUCAUUCGAGCGCAAAUCUCCCCGAAGGAUUUGUUGCAGAUUGCCAAGAUUGAUAGCGUUGGGGCUAUUGAAGAGGUUCACAGCCUGACGCUGCUGAACAACGUCGCUCGGGAUGUCAUCCAUGCUGAUAUUGGGGAUUCCGUGGCCGGCAGUCUCACACCUUACAAAGGAAAAGACCAGGUUGUCACAGUCGCUGAUACCGGCUUUGAUACUGGAGACAAGUCUGACCCGCACCCUGCGUUCGCGAACAGAGUGCGCAAUCUCAUCCCAGUUGGACGGGAGAACUCAACAAGUGACCCAAAUGGCCACGGCACUCAUGUCUGCGCUGCACCCGAGGCAACAUUGGUUGUUCAGGCGCUCCUCGCGGAGAACGGUUCGCUUUUUGGUUCCUCGGGCAAGACACUAGGGGACCUCCUGCUGGACGCCUAUGAGAACCAUGAAUCUCGCAUUCACACCAAUUCAUGGGGCCCUCAGUGGAACUGGAGAGGCCAGCUUCCCUACAACAAUGCUUCAGAAGAGAUUGACAAAUUUGUUUGGGAUCAUCAGGACCUUGUCGUGUGUUUCGCUGCCGGGAACAGUGGCAAGCAAGCGACCCCCAAAGGCCACAUUGGCGCACAGCCAGCUGCAAAGAACUGCAUCACCGUAGGCUCGUGCGAAAAUCCACGAUCUUCCAAAGAUUACAGCUGUGAGGUCUAUGAUGCCAAUGGGUUGGUCAAAGGGAACCCUGACAACAUCUCUGGAUUCAGCAGCCGGGGGCCCACCAUGGAGGGUCGCAUCAAACCCGACGUUGUAGCACCUGGAGGGAUGAUUCUGUCCACUGCUUCUCGAGCCAUGCGGCCAGAGAACUCAUUCGGAAAGAGCGAUGACAAGUUUUGGCGAUUCUCAUCCGGCACAAGCAUGUCCACUCCCUUGGUUGCCGGAUGCGUGGCCGUGCUGCGCCAGAUGCUUAUUGCAAAUGGGCUCCCAAAUCCCAGUGCUGCUCUCCUUAAGGCCCUGUUGAUUAACGGUGCAGUUGACACUGGAAAGAAACGGGAGCUUCAAGGCUUUGGUCGGGUUGAUCUGGCUAGAUCGAUGAUCAUCAAGGGAAAGACCCCCAACCGCGAUUUCCUUGAAGCUGAAGUAGCCGAUGAGGAUUUGAAGGACCAAUUCACAAUGUCCUUCAACAUGAGUCGUUAUAUGGAUGAUGCCUCACCGUCCUCAACCUUGAAGGUGACUAUGGUUUACACGGAUGUCGCAGGAGCGUUGCUGCAGAACAACCUUAACCUGUCAGUAACUGUUGAAAUCCCAGGCCAGGACCGGCGUGUCAGAUAUGGCAACAUGGGCGAGCAGGAGAAUAUCCAUCCAGCUCCUUCUGACGGGGUCAACACUGUCGAACAAAUUGUCUGGAAGGAUCUGAAAAGAGAGGCGACCGUGACCUUCACUGUUUUAGUGGGAGGAACCAUGAUGGCCGAUGUUCAGCCCUUUGCACUAGUUUGGAGCGUCGAGAGCGACACGGCAGCAAAGUAG